UUCGUGUAUUUGAUUGUAGGUGUUUCCCUUACGUACGAGAUUAUGCUAACAACAAGUUUGAUCCCAAGUCAUAACCAUGCAUAUUUAUCGGUUAUAGCAAUAGACAUAAGGGUUACUGCUGUUUACAUCCAUCAUCUGGAAGAGUGUAUGCUUCUAGACAUGUUGUUUUUGAUGAGAAGAUUUUUCCAUACACAGAUCCAAAGAAGUUGCGGCAACCAUAUGAUAACAGCGAGUACUCAACCUUCCUUGAAUGGAAAAAUCCAUCGUUGCAACAAGAUACCUCUCCAAAUUUGAGGGUUACACACAUUCAAAAUCAAGCAAAUUAUGAACCUGUUGCUAAUGAACCUUUUCACACUUCACUGCUUGGCAUAGUAUCUAAUGAGCUAAAUUGCCUUGAUGUGCAGGUCCUUGAUGAUGUGGUACAAAAUGAUGAGUUUUUUUUAUCAACAAGACAAUCAUCAACAAGACAUGGCCAUCAAUAAUGAGUUGGCACAACAAGACUUGCCUAUUAACAGUGAGCUUCCUCAAGAACCAGCACCAAAUCAUGAGGUACCACAACAAGACUCGGUCGUCAAUAGUGCCCAAGAGUCAAUCUUUAUUCCAAGUACAACUCCCACUCAUGAGACCUCAAAUGCAAUAACUUUCAAUACACAUAGUAUGGCCACUCGAGAUAAGUUAGGUAUUGUAAAACCAAACCCCAAAUAUUCCUAUGUGACUCAAGUGUAGGAUAUUCCAAAUGAGCAAAAAACUGUAAAAUCUGCUCUUAAGCAUCCAGGAUGGUUAAUGCCAUGCAAGAGUGUAACACCUCAUGUACUUUAGUGAAUAAAUUAAAAAUUUGAGUCCUUUAUUUUAACAUUUUAGGGACUAAAUUGAUUAGAAUUAAAAUAUGUGGACCUUAUGUGAAAUUUUGAGAUAGUUAGAGACUAUCAAACUAUUUUACCCAAACUUUGAGACAUGUGGCAAUUUGGCAUUAAGUCACUAGAGGUUCUCUAGAAGAUUUUCGAAAAAGCCAAAUCCUUUUAUUUUUGAACUUAUCCUCUUGAAACCCAUUUUCUCUACAUCUUUUUUUUUCCAGUUGGUCCCCUGCCUCUUUCUCCCUUCUUUUUCCAGCCAAGAUUAAUGUGUAGGACACACUCUCAAAUUGAAAUCCCUUCAAUUUCUGCAGUUCUCUUCAACUUGGUGCUUUGAUUUCUGAAUUAGUAGACUGGAGUAGCGGCCACUCAGCUUGAGAGCUCUCGGUAUAAAUCUCGUAUGUCGACCUCAGUGUUUUCAAUGUGAAGGUGGAUUAAUGUAUUACCAAAAUGGUAAUUUUGCUUUUAUUAUUUUAGAAAGUAUUUUGAAAAGCAAUUGCUUUCAUGUAUUUUUUUUGUAUAAGUUACUUUUAUGUAUAUGACAUUAAACUUAAUUAAAAUGG